AUGGACAGAGGCCGAACCACCCCACACCCAGGCAGGCCGCAGAGGCCCAGGGUCCCCGCACCCAGAGCCUGCCAGCGCCCAAGGGCAGGGCCAGCCCACCACCGGGGGGAGCAGAGCCCCCCCCAGACCGCCCACCAGGGAGGCACGGUCAGAUACCCACCACAGCCACCCCCACCGCCCCCCAGAAGCAGACCGCACGCCCCCCAGCCCAGGGAGGGACAGGCGGAGGCCCACGUAGGGCCACUAGCCAAGGGGGCCCCCAGAGACGGAAGAGAGGCAGACUCCCGAGCCGGUCCAGACCCCCCAGGUAGAGGCAGGGCCAGUGGUCCAAGGACCCGUCGCGCCCAACCCCGCGGUGCCCCGGAGAGGGGUCCCCCAACAUCCGGGAGUAUCUGCGACUGCCGACGACCCCCGCCGGGUAGGCAGACUGCCGCUCACCACAGCACCUUCAGGGAGGUGCGUCAUGAUGAGCCACAACCAUGCCUCCCGGACACCCCCCAGACCGAGCGCAGGGGAUCCGAUCCCCCACGUCCAGCGACGCCUCAUGGCCACCACUGCUGCCCUCACCCAGACCGCCAGUCCCAACACGGCCGGGGAGUGAGCAGGAACCGGGUGCUCAGGAGUGCACCCAACGGAGAGCGGCCCCAUCAUGUGCUGGUCCCACCCCCCGACCCCCCAUCAGCUCAGCCACACCCCCCCCAGGCCAUAUGCCCCAAUCCCACCCACCCCUGGCCUAGAAGUGAGCAACCCGUCCAGGCCAGGGACACGCCAUGGCACCCCAUGAGUGCCGCCGGGGCGGAGGACCAGAUACCCCCACACCCGACCAGAAGGGUUCCCCAAAGCAAGGCGGCCCCCCGCAUGCCUCCCACCAUGCCCCCCCAAGGGACGGAGGGCGCACAAGUCCGCCCCAGAGUGCAGCAGGGGCACAGCAGCGUGCACCGCCCCGCCACCCUGGAGGGCAGAUCCCAGGGGGGAUCACCCCCCCCACUAGGGGCCAACUCCACCCCCCAGUGCCCCGCAGGCUCCAGCGCACAGAGACCCAGAGCCCCUACCCCCACCCGCAGUGCGGCGCCAGCCCAGCCCCAGCCCACGGUCCACCCCCCCAACCUCCACGGGCCCCCCAGGCCAAGGUGGUAG